GAGAGCUGACCCCCCCCCCCAGGAGGUGCUGCUCUCUCCUCCCAGGUUCUCUACUGUGCCCAGCUGCUCCGCCCCCACAUCUCCAGAGUUGGCCCCAGUCCCUCUGCCAUCAGAGGGGCCCAGCCGCCAUGAGGGACACAGCAGUAGAGGAAUCCCUCUUCCAAAUCAUCCACAGCUACCACCAGUAUGCGGCCCGGGAGGGGGACCUGGAGACCCUGUCCCUGGAGGAGCUGAAGGCCCUGCUCAUGGACAACGUGCCCCGCUUCAUGGACAGCCUGGGCCGGAAGGAGCCGUACUUCAUUGCCGAGCUGUUCCGGGAGGCGGACAAGGACAAGGACAACCAGAUCUGCUUUGACGAGUUCCUGCACAUCCUGGGCAGGCUGCUGAGGGACUACCACCUGCAGUACCACCGGCAGCUGUGCGCCCACUAUUGCACCCAGCACGGCCUCUACUGACGGAGCAGGCCGCCUCCCCACAGGGGCCUGCCCUGGAGCCCGUGACCCAGCACUGGGCAGCGGGGUGGAGCUGGGCCACAUGUGUCUGUGUGUUCCCGAUGUGUGUGCACAAGCGUGUGCAUGUCUGUGGGAAGGACACCUGGGAGGGAAGAGAAUAAAGCAACUUCACAGCAG